CAAGACUGCAGACUUGUGUGGUUCACUUUGUUCUCAACACCUCCUUAUCCUGAAGACAGGAACGGUUUUCCCGACUGCUCAAUGAACAUGCUGAUCUUUGCUCGACUGUGUUUGCCCCUUUGCUGGUUGCUGUCAGUGGAGUCCAUGUGGAUCCGUUUUAACUUCACUGUACGAGAUGCCAACAAGCCCAUCCCAUUGGGCAUUGUUGAAGAUUCAGUUGAUGACAUGUAUAUGGGCUGCAGUGAAGAAAUGAUGAAUACAGUCACUCACAAAUACAAUGAAGAACUGCGUGUGGGACCAUAUGCAGAGACCUUGAAGAUGGUAGAAAACUGUAUAGAAGAGAAACUAAAAGAGAGAGAGGAUGAGGCUCUGACCAAAAACCACAUGCAAGCACUUUGUGCUUAUACAUCUGACAACGUGUAUGAGAAUUUCAAUAUUGCAGUCAGGACAAAAGGGAGCGUCUAUACCUCGUCAUUCCAAUUCCACAUUUUACAUUUCUUCCUGACAUCAGCCAUACAGAUCUUGAAUAAUAAUAACUAUUGUUACACUACCUAUAGACGAACCAAAGUUAUGUUUACUGGCAAUGUCAGCCAAAGAAUUCGGUUUGGUUCUUUCGCCUCCAGCUCUUUCAAAACAGACCUCCGGGAGUUUGGUAACAAGAGCUGCUUUAAAAUCACAACAUGUUCAGGUGCUCCUCUAAAAAGAUAUUCAUCUUUUGAACCAGAGGCAGAAGUGCUCAUCCCCCCCUAUGAGGUUUUCCGUGUCACUGACAAACUUGAUGGUAAGAGUAAACUUCCAGGGCUUGAUGACUGUGCUGUUGUCUUUGUCUUGAAAAGUGAGGGAGGUCAGAGUAGGCUCAACUGCAAAACUCUGCAUGUAUGAAAGUUCAGUGGUUCUUCUCUAGCAAGUGGGAAUAACCCAGUCUUGUGCCGCCAUCUUUCAACCUUUCACAUUUCUUGCCACAAUUGAUUAAAUAAUCAUUUUAAAUGAUAUACUAGACAACAUCAAUAAAUACAAAUAUGUAGCUUCAUGCUUUGGCUUUGGCAUUUUCUGUGUGCAGUUUCUAGCAGAAUUUAUUAAUAUGUUAAUUUUUGCUUUCAUAAAAUAUAUAAAUUUAUCACUGGAAAAGUGUGUGAAAAUAAUCUUUAAACUGUCGGGGAAGGAAGAAGUUGUUUGUGUCCUGGCUGGUGUAAUGGAUGUUCAUUUAUAUGUGAAAGUCUCAUACUCUAGCUUUCAGUUAUGUAAAUCUGCACAGAAUAAAUGAGUGG